CAUUCGAACUGGCCCAGCAUGCUUUCCACACGACGGUGGAUAACAUUUUCCCGGGAAAACAUCCAACGGAAAUUCAAACUCAAAUUCCAUACCCAAGCCAGAAACGACCGUUCUCACCAUCCCAUUUCACACAAAGCCCUCUCUUGCCUUGCCAACAUUCUUAAUUCUCAUAGCCCAAAACCUGCAACUUUCACCAAACGAUCCCAAUUUCAUUUCCCAGGAAGAACCGAAACAACUCGAUUUGUGCACUCAGUUGCGAAUUCUGAUGAAACCACCGAGUUUCGACAAGACCCAGAUGACCAAUCAGCUAUUUUUGUUCAAAACCUCCUCAAGUUUCGGAGGGACAAGCCCGCGGAGGAGAUUGAGCGAGCUCUCGAUCUCUGCGGGCUCACGCUGACCGAGGACUUGGUGCUGAGUGUGCUUCAGCGGCAUCGUUCGGAUUGGAGACCAGCUUAUGUAUUUUUCAACUGGUUUUGUAGAAAAGGAGAAGAAGGAAGGGCAUACUCACCUGGGUCUGGUGUUUACAAUGAGAUUCUCGAUAUUCUUGGGAAAUUACAGCGUUUCGAGGAGAUGAACCAAGUGCUCGACAAAAUGUCGAAGAGAAAGGGACUUGUCAAUAACGAGACAUAUGGGAUUUUGCUUAAUAGAUUUGCGGCUGCUCAUAGAGUAGAGGAAGCAAUUGAUAUAUUCAGUAAGAGGAAACAGUUUGGAGUAGAGAGUGAUUUGGUUGCGUUUCAGAGGCUUUUGAUGUGGUUAUGUAGGUAUAAGCAUGUGGAAGCUGCGGAAACUUUAUUUCAUUCAAAGCGAAAUGAGUUUGGUUGCGAUGUCAAGAUGUGGAAUAUCAUUCUCAACGGUUGGUGCAUAUUAGGAAAUGUAUAUGAGGCAAAAAGGUUUUGGAAAGAAAUAAUUGCAUCUAAAUAUAAGCCGGACAUGUUUACGUAUGGAACUUUUAUAAACGCUCUGACAAAGAAGGGGAAAUUGGGAAAGGCGGUCAAGUUGUUCCGAGCCAUGUGGGAUAAUGGUUUGAACCCGGAUGCGGUGAUCUGCAAUUGUAUCAUUGAUGCGCUUUGUUUCAAGAAGAGGAUUCCUGAAGCUUUGGAGGUUUUUAAGGAGAUGAAGGAGCGAGGUUGUCCCCCAAAUGCGACGACUUACAACUCGCUAAUCAAGCACCUCUGCAAGAUCCAGAGGAUGGAAAAGGUUUACGAGCUUUUAGAUGAAAUGGAACAGAAGAAGGGAAGUUGUUUGCCAAAUGAUAUAACUUGUAAUUACCUGCUCAAGACCCUGAAGAAACCAGAGGAAGUUCCCGUGUUAAUGAAGAGGAUGCAGAGAAAUGGGUGCGAGAUUACUUCUGACACAUACAAUUUGAUCUUGAAGUUGUAUAUGGGUUGGGAUGAUCAGGAAAGAGUAAGAUAUACAUGGGAGGAGAUGGAGAGAAAUGGGUUGGGACAUGACCGGCGAUCUUAUACCAUUAUGAUUCGUGGGUUUUAUGACAAUGGAAGAAUACAAGAUGCUUUGCGUUAUUUCAGUGAGAUGACAUCGAAGGGUAUGGUGCCAGAGCCAAGAACCAAGAUAUUGGUGAUUGACAUGAACAUUAAGUUGAAGGAAAGCAGGCGAACAAGGGGAAAAAAAGAAGAGAGCAAGUAAUGCUUCCUCCAACUUUGAAAGUAAGUUCACCUGAGGUGGUAAUCCUUUGUCCCUCAAGUAAAAACGAAGAAAAUGAUUACAAGCAUUAUGGAUAUUCUGAAGUCUAGAAUCUGGUGAACUCUCUCUUUGUGAGACAUUCUUGAGUGGUUAAUGCUUAAGAAAUGACAGAGAUAAGAUUAUUGCUUGAAAAGCUUCAUUGUCAAUUGAUCAUGUAUUUGCAUUUGGAAGCUAUGCAGGAAUUUUACUCUCUUAGCAUUUUAUUUAACACAUAAAUAGUGAAGAUUCUAAAUGAUAUUGAAAAUAUAACAACAUUAAGGAUCAGAUGACCUUUAGAAUUUACUGAACAAGUUAUUUAAGGGAGUUCUGGUUCUAUGUAGUUCUUAUAUAUAUAUAUAUGUCAUUGAGCUUGUGAAGAUGGAAAAGAGUGUAAUUGGUUGAAUUUGGAUCGACAUUUUGACGUUGACCCUGUUACAAUCCUAAGUGU